AUGCCAACAGAGGCUAGUAACUUUAAUAAUGACAUCAUGUUGACUUUUUACAGGAUUUCCGAUGCUGAAGUCAAUAACCGCGUGUUGCGGUCUACAUUAAAUGAUUUAAGUUAUGAACUUUUUAGCAAAACGCUAAGUAAGAAUACAAACACUGAUUUAACGAGAAGAGAUACAUCUGUUCAAACUGGGGACGAAUUUUGUCAAAGUAAAGUGGUUUCAGUUGAGGCUUCAAAUACAAGAAGUUUUAAACAACAUUUAUGGAAGUUCAGGGAGUUAAAAAAGGAGAAUAAUAAACUUUUACAACUGACAAACGAGAUGAGAUCAAUAUAUACACAAAAUCUCAAAACAAUUCAAAAUCGUUUGAAUUGCUUGACAGACUUAAUCUCGACAGUUUGUAGUUCUUAUCUAAAAGUAAAUCAAGCCUAUCAUAAUGAUGACGUCAAGUGGAGAAGUGAAAGACAAAACUUAUCCUUACAUCUAGAGAAUGAAAAGCAUUUAACUGAAGAAAUACGUAUUAAACUAAAUAUCAUGGAAGCAGAGAAGAAAAAAAUAGAAAAGGCCAUAAACAAAUUAAAAGAACAAAGAGAAAAUGAAAUGAAAGAAUUUAACGCUAAUAAACAAAUAAAGCGUUUAAAAGAAGAACUUGACAUUUCUAAACUUCAAACGGAACAAAUGAGACAAGAUUUUGAAGCCUAUAAAAUUUAUACAAAAGAAUUAUUGGAUAAUGAAAGAAGAUUAAACAAGGAACUUCGAAAGUCGUGCCAUUGA